AUGUAUUUCAGAUUGUCUCAAAAACCAUAUAUUCUAGUUGUCAUAUCUAACGUCGAAUAUAUCGCGAAGAAAUCAGUGUAUGGUCAAUGUAUUCGAAAACAACAACACUUCAAAAAGAAAUAUCGUCGGCGAAAAGCAAUAUUAGACCACAAAGUUGAACAAUUUCGUCGAAGCAAUAUUAUGGAUUUCACCGAAGAGACAAAACUACCUUCCAUAAAGAAGCAAUAUUUUCCGUUACACAAAGAAAAAUACAUCGAUCCAACGAUCUUCUUGCCUGAUUAUUCAAUACUUGCAGACAAGAAUUUUAAAAGGACAUUUUUGCUAGCAGCAAUAGGAUCAACUACAAUUUCUCAGUCAGGGGCAAAAAAAAUUAAAAAAUUGUUAAGAGUAGAGGACAAUCUGUCAUUUAUCCGUCAGUUGACUCAAUUGAUCAAUACUCGACAUUAUUUACAACUUCAAAAUGAGCAAUGUAACCAUUAUUAUCAACUUGGAAUGACGGAAGGUAUUUGGACUGGUCGAGUGUCGAAAAAUAUGGCCGCUCUAAAUUCGCUGCCUCGCACUUAUAGCCGUUCAAAAUUAUCAAUUCAACAACGUCAGAAAAAAUAUCAAACCGAUCUUUUUAAGAUCGAUAACGAGAUUAAUAUGUGUAUAGCACAAAUACCGCGUACGCUCAAUCAGUUUCUCGAUCAAACCAUGGUAAUCAUUCGACAUCUCAUUUAUCAAGAUCAAAGUCAAUUACGUAUGGAACUUGAAGGCAGUAGAACCCUUUUAAAAUCUGACGCACACGAUCAUCAAUUAUUCCAAGCAUUUUACAACUUAAAACCGAGAAAAACAGAAAUACAUUCAACAAAUCUCAUCUGGAAGGCUACUUACGACGAAUAUCAACUUCGCUACGAACCAGAGCUAUUCAAACACUGGCAAUCAUCAUCUCAAUCUUCCUCGUUCACAAUGUAUACAAUCAAAGAUCUUCAAUUACCUAAGAUCAAUGAGAUAUUUACCAAUGUAAUCCUGAAUGAACGCAUCUUCUCAUUCUCUAGCGGGUGCCAUUCAACACUUCCUAGAAAACAAAAUGAAGCAACAAUAACUGCAAUUGAGCUAGGUAUUGCCAAAUAUGCUGACAAAGUCAGGGACCAAAAAGAAAAACUUUUAAACAAUCAAGAUAAAUUCACUAAGCCGCCAAGUGUCACACUUGUCUUCGAUGCAAUCAAACAUCGUGAAAUGAAUAUGGCUCAACGUGCUCAAUUCAAAAUCGAACAUACAAUAAGAAUACUUCUCGCAAGGAUUUACAAAGAUUUCACCAAUCCAAGCGCGAGAUUAUCGGACUAG